AUGGCGCUUAUGCCUGGCGCUCCGAGCAAGCAGGCAGGCUGGGCCAUCUAUACAGUCGUUGCAUUGGCUGUGGUGGCGGCUGCCGUCAUAGCCUUCCGUCUUUUGCCAGAGAGCGGUGGCAAGGUUCAGCCGACACAGGUUGAGCCGACUGUACAUGAGAAGCCGGCAGCGAGCCAGCCGCUGCCGCUGAUGGAGCCUUCCAAUGCACUGCAGCAGCGUGCAGUUCCCGAGGGAGGCGAGUGGCGGGUUGUCUCGCAGUUUCCGCGGAUCUAUGUACUAGAUGGUUUCCUCAGCGAGCUUGAAUGCGAGAUCUUGAAGCAACAGGUCGCCGGCCGCCUGGAGCCUGCCAAGGUGGUUCAAAAGGCAGACAACCAGUACGAUGAGCAGGUCAGUGUGAGGAACAACCGGCAGAUUUGGUUGAACUACACCCAGGAAAGGGACGACCCGGACGUCUUCCACCUGCUCAAGCGAAUGCAUCGUGCCUCUCGCAUUCCCGACGAUGAUGCUGAAGCUCUUCAAAUAGGUCACUACGGUGUCGGCGAGAAGUACGAAACACAUCAGGAUUCUGAUCCUCGGAACGACGUGGCACGCCCGGCGACCCUGAUAGUGUAUCUCAACGAUGUUGAGGACGGGGGCGAGACCCUGUUUCCUCUUGGAAAUCGACACGACUGCACAAUGCAGUGGAGAGCGGCUGCCGAUGGUAGUUCGGUGUUUGGCGCGAGUGCCUGCUGCGACAGGAGCGACCUCUUGCGCGUUUCCCCAAAGAAGGGUCGCGCGGUGCUGUUCUUCAACCACGAUGCAGCCGGGAGGAAGGAUCGCAUGGCCCAGCACGCCGCCUGUCCCGUGAAACAAGGUGAGAAAUGGAUCGCGCAGCGCUGGUUCCGCUACGAGCCCUACCAGCGGUUGGUGCAUCCUCUGGAUCUACGAUUCGAUGGGCUCCCCCUGGCACCGAAUCAGUUCACUUCCCCCAGGGGUGACAUCCGAACUUUGUCACAGAAGACGCCGAACAUCUAUGUCAUCGAGGAGUUUCUGAGCUCCGAAGAAUGCGAUUUCCUCGCUGACUUGGGGAGAAGUCGUCCCGGACUCGCCGAAGAAAGCCUUACCAGACACUUG